GAAUCCACACACAUCCAAUCACAACCACAUCAUAUAUCUCCCGCUAACCAUUUUCUCCAUUCUUUCUUUGAUCCUUUUUGGUUUCUUAUCUAUCAUAUAUUUAUUUUUUUCUCUGAUCUCCACUUGUUCCUCUUCUUCGUUUGCGAUUCUGAUCAGACAUGGCUGCUGCGAUAAGUGCUGCAGUCUCUUUACCUUCCUCCAAGUCGUCUUCUCUACUCACCAAAACCUCAUUAUCCUCUGUGUCCCCUCAAAGGAUUUUCCUCAAGAAGAGCACACUGUGUUACAGAGUUGGGGGCAGAGUUGUGUCAGUGAAGGCUCAGGUGACAACAGAGGCUACCGAGGCCCCAGUGAAAGUAGUCAAGGAGUCAAAGAAACAGGAAGAAGGAAUCGUUGUCAACAAAUUCAAACCUAAGAACCCUUACACUGGUCGAUGCCUCUUGAACACCAAGAUCACCGGCGAUGACGCUCCCGGUGAAACCUGGCACAUUGUCUUCACCACCGAAGGUGAGGUUCCGUAUAGAGAAGGGCAAUCGAUAGGAGUGAUCCCUGAGGGAAUUGAUAAGAACGGGAAGCCCCACAAGCUGAGGUUGUACUCAAUCGCCAGCAGUGCCAUUGGUGACUUUGGAGACUCCAAGACCGUUUCUCUCUGUGUCAAGAGAUUAGUUUACACAAAUGAUAGCGGAGAGAUUGUUAAGGGGGUCUGCUCCAACUUCUUAUGUGACUUGGAGCCGGGUGAUGAAGCUAAGAUCACUGGACCUGUUGGGAAGGAAAUGCUUAUGCCUAAAGACCCAAAUGCCACCAUCAUCAUGCUUGGAACAGGAACUGGAAUAGCUCCAUUCAGAUCAUUUUUGUGGAAAAUGUUCUUCGAGGAGCACGAGGACUACAAGUUCAAUGGUUUGGCGUGGCUCUUCUUGGGUGUACCCACAAGCAGCUCACUGCUGUACAAGGAGGAGUUUGAGAAGAUGAAAGAGAAGAACCCAGACAACUUCAGGCUGGACUUUGCGGUGAGCAGAGAGCAGACAAACGACAAGGGAGAGAAAAUGUACAUUCAGACAAGAAUGGCAGAGUAUGCAGAAGAGCUUUGGGAGUUGCUGAAGAAAGACAACACCUUUGUUUACAUGUGUGGUCUUAAGGGUAUGGAGAAGGGUAUCGAUGACAUUAUGGUCUCACUUGCUGCUAAAGACGGGAUCGAUUGGUUGGAGUACAAGAAGCAAUUGAAGAGGAGUGAGCAGUGGAAUGUUGAAGUUUAUUAAGGAAGCUUCUCAGGGAGUGUUUAUGUUAUGUAGAUAAAACAAUAUAAAGCUGAUAUAUGCAUUGUCAAAUCUGCUUCUUUCUUCUUUCUGAAGAUUUGAUCCAUCAAAACAUUCAGAAGAGAGUAUAGCAAACUACUCUUUCACUUGUUGGUUAUUCAUGCUAUAUUUCUUGCGACAA